AUGCCGGAGACUAAACAACAAGAUUUAAGUCGUAAAAAAGUUAAGAAAGUGCAUAAAUACCAAGAAGCAGUGUGGACUUGUUGUGGUUCUGACCAUCCAUACUCUAACACGAUGGCCAAAAUGCUGUUUUUGUUGGCCGUAUUCUUUAUACCGGCUUCAGGCAUGUCUGUAGAUGCCAACCACAUGUCGGAUCAAGAACUCGUUGAUUAUCUCAACACAAAUCAACAUUUCUUCAAGGCAGAAGUUCCAACGAUGUCGUACGAAAAAUUCAAGUCACACCUGAUGGAUCCUAAAUAUAUGAAAAUACCUGAGGGAACUAAGUCCUUCAACUCCAAGUGGAAACACAAAUGUGAUGGAGGGUACAUGCUCACAGCCUUUCAGUAUGGAAUGACCUCUGGAGUAUGUACUGGUGGUGCAUACAAUGCAAAGAAUUGCUGCAAACCAUACCCCUUCCAUCCAUGUGGUCAACACAAGGAUCAACCAUAUUAUGGUGAAUGUGAGAAAGACAAUGAAGACACACCAACUUGCCGUGCGCAAUUCUCGAAAGAAUUGAAAGUAAUUCUAUUAUGCUGUAUAGCAAAUUCCGCAUAUUUCGUCUAUGCGGAUGAAGAUGCGAUUCGAAACGAAAUCUUCACGAAUGGACCCGUCCAAGCAGCAUUCGAUGUUUACAACGAUUUCCGUUUUUACAACAACGGAGUAUACGUACACACAUGGGGAGAACAGGCAGGAGGUCACGCUGUCAAAAUCAUAGGAUGGGGUGUAGAGAAUGGUGUGAAAUACUGGCUCGUUUCGAACUCCUGGAGCUCUGACUGGGGAGAAGACGGCCUAUUCAAGAUACGCCGAGGAACCAACGAAUGCGAGAUUGAAGCCAUGGUUGGAGCAGUUAUUAUGAACGCUUAA